AUGAAUUAUCAGCAAGAAGAAGAUAUUUGCUGUCAGCAUAACGAACAUUACAACCAAUGCAACAAACCUACCAUGUCCAACUCUACUAGUCAGACAACAUAUUUAUCCACAAGAAAGAGCAAAAAAUCACUCACUAAAAAGCUUAACCACAUUCUAAAAUCAAUCUUAAUACCGUGUUAUCACCAUGCCAACCAACGCAAAAAGAACACCUGUAGAAGCAACAAGAACGCUUCAUUAGCUGCAGUAGACAUAUCCGUCCAGGAGAAGGAACAGUAUUGCUGUUGUGGAUGUCAGUCUGCAAGAGACUCAAUCACCAUAGUAGAUGGCCCAGAGCAGCCGUGGAUCGUGCCGUCUGAAUACCACAAAAAUAUGUCAGAAUCUGUGUCAAGUGCAACUGGCAGUAAUCACUGGAUGUUUCGAACUGGCUGGACACCCCAGCCGGACCCGUUGGCGUUUUUGAAUAGCGAAUGGUGUGUUAAUUGCAAUGCUUGUGUCAGAAAAGAUCAGAAGCAAUGCCCCUUCUGCGACGCGAGUCCUCUCAUCACCUCUGAUCAUCAAAUUCGUAUGCGUAAUAUAAAAGAAAUGGACGAGACAAAUUAA